AUGUCAAGUCCGUGGGAGAGAGGUGCCAGGACUGCCAGUACGCCGACGCAUACUCGACUCGCGCAUAUGUACGAUGUGGAAACCUUUGUCCGAGGGUUUCGCAACGCAGAGCUCAGCGCUGCGUGCAUCGUGGUGAUGAUGAGGGACGGUGCAUCAGAGAGAGCGUUGCUGGACGCCUUGGCCGUGAUUCAAGAGAAUGAUACAGAGUGGUGUGAUCGGAUCAAGUAUGUUGUGCCACAGGGGAUCAGCCAAUAUAAAGAAGAAGCCAACGGCUAG